GUCUUGUCUACACGGGAAGACAAGUCCAACCGGAAGUAGCGGGUAGAGUUGUGUCCUCAGCUUCUAUCUUGGAAGAAAGAGCCUGGCAACAGCAGAGAACGUCGUUUAGCGUCCCCAGGGCAACAAGCAGUCGCCGCCGAGCGUCGUCCGUUGCCGGAAGCGGAAGUAGCCGAACCCUCCUCUUCGGCCGAUAGGAACCCGGAAACUACCCAGGGGAUGGCGGCUGGUCGAAGUUUGAGUCGCUCGGAGCGGAAAGCGGCGGCUCGCGCUGAAUUCCUCCGCCAAGAAGAGCAGCGGGAGCGACGGAGGCAGGUGUCUCGAAUCCUGCGCAAACCGGCGGCCGACCGGAGCGCCGACGAGGCGAUGCUUCUGUCGGGGUGUCAAGAGAUGGUGCGGGAUCUAGAGCGGCUUCGCAAAAAGCGUGAGAGGCUGAGGCGCCGGCUAGAGGAGGUGUGUGAUGAACCCGACGAAUUAAAGAGAAAAGUCAGCAAGCUAUCUGCUGUUGUCCGAGGAGCUAAACAUCUUAUUGUAUAUACAGGAGCUGGCAUAAGUACGGUAAGGCAGCUUCAAUUCCUGACUACAGAGGCCCAAAUGGGGUGUGGACAAUGCUGCAAAAAGGGAGAAGUAUCAGGUAACUGGUUCAAAAGCAUUUCCUACGUUACGUUGGAAUCCUGGUUCUUGCUUUUCAUAUUUCUUUUCUUUCCAUGUAUCAGGGCUACCGAUCUGAGUGAAGCAGAGCCCACACUCACCCACAUGAGCAUUGCUUGUUUGCACAACAACAAACUGGUGAAGCAUGUAGUGUCUCAAAACUGUGAUGGGCUUCACUUGCGCAGUGGCCUCCCUCGAGAAGCCCUGUCUGAGCUGCAUGGAAACAUGUAUAUAGAGGUUUGCACAUCUUGCACACCUAAUCGUGAAUAUGUACGAAUAUUUGAUGUGACAGAGCGCACAGCCUUGCACAGGCACCAGACUGGGAGAUUAUGCCAUAAAUGUGGAGUGCAGCUGAGAGAUACAAUUGUACACUUUGGAGAGAAGGGUAUUUUACAGCAACCCUUGAACUGGGAGGCAGCAACAGAAGCUGCUGGCAAAGCAGAUGUGAUCCUUUGCUUGGGAUCUAGCUUGAAGGUUUUGAAAAAGUACCCACAUUUAUGGUGCAUGAGUAAACCACCCAGACACCGCCCUAAACUCUAUAUUGUAAAUCUCCAGUGGACACCAAAAGAUGAUCUUGCAGUCCUAAAACUUCAUGGAAGAUGUGAUGAUGUGAUGAAGUUGUUGAUGGAUGAGUUAGGACUUCCCAUUCCUUCCUAUGAUAGAAUGAAAGACCCCAUCUUUUCUCUGGCUGUUCCUUUACAACCUGCAGAAGAAAGCAGUCAUAGCCGAAAACCCGUGGCUCCACCAGCAAGUCUUCAUGAAGUACAACUGGGAGAAGAACAACAGAUGCAUCCAGAUCCUCCCUCUGGUGGCUGGUUUGGCCGAGGCUGUGCAAAAGGCACAAAAAGGAAAAAGAACUCUUGAUAACAGAUUUAAAAAAAAAGAUUUUAAGGACCAACAAUAGUUGCUAAAAUCAGGGCAAGAAAUGACAUCUGCACUAGAGUUCAUCAGGAUUGCUGGGCUAACUGGAAAAAAACACGGCUGCUAUUUUCAUAGAGAUUUUUUAUAAUUAGCUGACAAGGACCAAAGCUCAGCUUGGGUUUCUGCCAUCUAAGGGGAGGUUGGCUUUUAAUACUCAGGGCUGCCAAUUAACAAUUAUUAAUAAAAUUAUUAUAAAUGGCUG